CCCCAUGAAACUUCAUUCUCGAACUCCGAUCGAUUUUCUGUUUCUACCUAGCCUCCUCCGAAAAUCUCCAUCUCCAUCUCAAUUUCUGUUGUUCCGAUUCGUUUCUCCCUGCUCGAUUCCUGAUGGCCCCGAAGGCGGAGAAGAAGCCCGCGGAGAAGAAGCCGGCGGAGGAGAAGAAGUCGGCGGUGGCGGAGAAGGCGCCCGCCGAGAAGAAGCCCAAGGCCGGCAAGAAGCUCCCCAAGGAGGGCGGCGCCGCCGGCGGGGCGGACAAGAAGAAGAAGCGGGUGAAGAAGAGCGUGGAGACGUACAAGAUCUACAUCUUCAAGGUGCUGAAGCAGGUGCACCCUGACAUCGGGAUCUCCAGCAAGGCCAUGGGCAUCAUGAACUCCUUCAUCAACGACAUCUUCGAGAAACUCGCCCAGGAGGCCUCGAGGCUAGCCAGGUACAACAAGAAGCCCACCAUCACCUCCCGGGAGAUCCAGACCGCGGUCAGGCUCGUGCUCCCCGGGGAGCUCGCCAAGCACGCCGUCUCAGAAGGGACCAAGGCGGUGACCAAGUUCACGAGCUCGUGAGCGAGGAGGAAGUUGUGUGUUACCCGUAUCGAUGGAUCUGUGGAUCGGGGUUGGUGUUUGGUAGAUAGGCUUUAACUUUUUAGCUUGGUAGGGUUUGGAUUCUUCUUGAAAUGUAUUUGCGUGUUUAUUAAGCACUAUGUGAAGUUCGGUUCCUGUUUUAGAUUCUGCCGACGGUGGCAAAUGAAUGAAUGAUGAUAGAUCCAUUACAACCCC